GCUGAAUCUCGAAUGCGAUUACGACUAUAAAUAGCGCGUAGUGAUAAGUCAGUUUAAUUGAAGUUGUUAUUGUUUGUGAAGUGAGUUUUACUGAACCCGGAAUCCGUGACAAUACUAUGUUUUUGGAUUUUGGUGUCUUUUAUAAUAUGGUACCUAAAAAUGUUUUUCUUCGUUUUACCAAUGAUGUUUUAGUUUUACACGUGGGUGCAACGGAACUAAUUAUUCAAUAAGAUCAAAAUUUCAUAAUAUCCUGAAAAUAACCGUUGAAGGUGUAAAAAAGUUGAUCGCUCCAAAUGAACAUGAAUACAACAUCGGUUUCUAUGCUUGUGCUUGUUUUAACGUCUAUUUGCGUAGAAUCUAGUCAUAGAAUCAUACCAGGGGCUUUACCGUAUGACGGAUAUCAUGAUUUGCAUUUGCCUCAUAAUCCACCUUUGUACCCUACUUAUGCAAAAGUGCCCAACACUAAUUUCCGUUGCGAUGGGCGGGAGUAUGGAUAUUAUGCUGAUGUUCAAGCUAGUUGUCAGGCUUACCAUUUGUGCAACGAUAGACUGAUAGCGUCUUACCUAUGUACCAAUGGAACCUUAUUCAAUGAGCAGUUUCAAGUUUGCGAUCAGUUUUAUAACGUAAGAUGCGGAUCUCACUAUAUAGAUUUGUAAUUAAUUUAUUAUAAAAACUGUGAUUUUAUU